GGGGUAGAGGCUCAUUGGCUCAGCUACCACCGGCAGGCGGCAGUCAACUGGUUUAAAGCUAAUCUGUGGUCUCCCUUCCAACUCCAAUUCCAAUUCCAAUUUCGUAGCCAUGGCUGCCUCUUCCUUUACCGCUUCUACCAUCCCACACCCUUACCCCUUCGCUACUACCACCAAAUCUAGUCAUCUUCUUCCACUUUCUUGUUCUUUCCCUCGCAAUCCUACCCCACUUCCUUCCUUCCGUCUCCGAGCAUCAUCCACUACAGUCUCUGCCUCCGCGGUUUCCACCAAAAUCGAGGAUUCCAGAGUGUCCGGCACUCCGUCGAAGGCUCUGCCGUUCCGGGUGGGACACGGCUUUGACCUCCAUCGGUUGGAGCCUGGUUACCCCUUAAUCAUCGGUGGAAUCAACAUCCCCCACGACAGAGGCUGCGAGGCUCAUUCCGAUGGGGAUGUUCUGCUUCACUGUGUGGUGGAUGCCAUUUUAGGGGCUUUAGGUCUUCCUGAUAUCGGCCAGAUAUUCCCCGAUUCUGAUCCCAAAUGGAAGGGCUGUGCCUCCUCUGUCUUCAUCCAAGAAUCUGUGAGGCUAAUGCAUGAGGCAGGUUAUGAGAUUGGGAAUUUGGAUGCUACAUUGAUUCUUCAGAGGCCUAAGCUAAGUCCACAUAAGGAUACCAUCAAGGCCAAUUUAUCUGCACUGCUUGGAGUUGACCCUUCUGUGGUGAAUAUCAAAGCAAAAACUCAUGAAAAAGUGGACAGCCUUGGAGAAAACAGAAGCAUUGCUGCUCACACCGUGGUUCUUCUCAUGAGGAAAUAAUAACAAAUCCACUAUACAAUUUAUCAAACUUACUGUAAAUGUUUGUUAUAAAUUCUGCUUAGUCCGUACUCCUCAUAGAGAUCUCAAGUAAUGAAUUAUACAAUGGCUGCUCAGUUUUCAUUUAAUUUAGCGCAAGGGGCGACUUGGUAAGAUUUGGAUGCUGUCCUGUGCAACUCUGUAUUGGUUAAAACAUUUAAAAUAAAGCAUUGUCAAAUGCGUUCGUUAGUCCUCAA